AGGGUAGGGCUGGUGACUGUGUUUCCUUUUUCGUUGGUGUCCAGUUGAGAGUAUUCGUCUCAACCGCCGAAUACCAACCACCACGAUGAAGCUGAACAUUUCUUAUCCAGCAAAUGGCACUCAAAAGCUGAUCGAGAUCGACGAUGAGCGUCGUCUCCGCGUGUUCAUGGAGAAGAGAAUGGGCCAAGAAGUCCCUGGUGACUCUGUUGGACCCGAGUUUGCUGGAUACGUCUUCAAGAUCACCGGUGGUAACGACAAGCAAGGUUUCCCUAUGAUGCAGGGUGUCUUGUUGCCCCACCGUGUUCGUCUCUUGCUUCGUGCCGGUCACCCUUGCUACCGUCCUCGCCGUACUGGUGAGCGCAAGCGCAAGUCUGUCCGUGGUUGCAUUGUUGGUCAAGACUUGGCUGUUCUUGCUCUUUCCGUUGUUAAGCAAGGUGAGCAAGACAUCCCCGGUUUGACCGACGUCACUGCCCCCAAGCGUCUUGGUCCCAAGCGUGCCAGCAAGAUUCGUCGCUUCUUCAACUUGACCAAGGAAGAUGAUGUUCGCAAGUUCGUCAUUCGCCGUGAGGUUCAACCUAAGGGUGAGGGCAAGAAGCCUUACACCAAGGCCCCCAAGAUCCAACGUCUUGUCACUCCCCGUACCCUUCAACACAAGCGUCACCGCUUUGCUCUCAAGCGCAGACAAGCUGAGAAGAACCGUGAGGCUGCUGCUGAGUUUGCUCAACUUUUGGCCCAACGUGUUGCUGAGCAAAAGCAAAAGAAGGAGAUCAUCAAGGCUCGUCGUGCCUCUUCCAUGAGAAAAUAAACUGCCUUUAAGCUGGUGCCCAUGAAUUUGCGCGUGUAAUAAAGGGUAUUUUACCAUUCAA